AUGAAAGUACUAAAAGAAUGGUUUGUGCAAGCCCCAUGGGGUAAAAUAGCAUUAAUUUCUUGGGGCAAUCCUGAAGGGAAACCAAUAUUACUUGUGCAUGGUCGGCGAGACAGUGCAGCCACAUUUAUACCACUAUUGGAGUUGUUACCAAAGCAUUUUUAUUAUGUUGGUAUUGAUUUGCCGGGACAUGGAAAGUCUGAUCCUUUACCAAUAGGUAUUGCAAUUACAAGAUUCAUAUUGAUAAUAGCAAUUGAUAUGGUUGUCAAGGAUUUGGGAUGGAAUAAGUUUUAUUAUAUAGGACACUCGAUGGGUUCAGAAUUAGGAUUGUUCUACAACGCUAUACACCCAAAGCAAAUAACUAAACAUGUCCUCUUAGACCCUACGCCAGCUCUUCGAAGGAUAGUCAUGCUAAAUUUUGAACAGUUUUAUUGGUACUAUGACAAUUAUUAUAGUAAUUAUAAUAAAUUAAAUAUAGAUGAUAGGGUAUACAGUAAAAAUAGAGCCAUUCAAGCAGUCAUGAGAGCACGAGGCAUGACUGAAAAGCACGCCGAAGUGAUACUGUCUAGGAAUUUGAAAAAAAUUGGUGAAGAUUCAUACAAACUUUCAUGGGACAAACGGACAAAAAAUUUAGUUCCAACGAAUUUACCUCCAGAGUAUUAUUUUGAAUUGUUUUCGACGAAUUCACCACCGACCUUGUAUAUUCAUGCAAAUCAAAGCCCUAAUACGAAAACUAAAGAUAUUAUCGAUAAAAUGAUAGAAAAAUUCGAAAACGAAGUACCCAAUUUUAAAGUUUUGAAGGUCGAUGGAACACAUGAUGUGCAUUUUAUAAAUCCUAAGGCGUUUAGUGAUGUGCUGUGUGCGUUUUUAAAUAAUAGUGAUGUUAUAUCGAAAUUG